AUGGGGGACAUGCCCAUAACAUUAAUAGUGAAGGCACCAAAUCAAAGAAUAGCUGAUCAGAAUGUGGAGUGUACUUUAGGUUGGACUAUCAGAAAAUUAAAGGAACAUCUACAACAUGUUUAUCCUAAUAAACCGCAACACAAUCAACAAAAGUUGAUAUAUUCUGGUAAAUUAUUAGAAGAUAAUCUUACUUUAAAGCAAGUUCUACGUCAGGAUGACGAUAAUAUUCACCACACAGUACAUUUAGUUUGUUCAGCAUUACAUGAUACAAUUAUAGAGGAUACACAGAAUGUAGAUAAAUCUUCGCCUUCCCCUUCACCAAGAUCAGUUCCAUCUUCAACCAACUCUACAUCAUCUACUGAUGGAUUACCUAUGCCACCAAUGUAUAGUGCUAUGCCUGCAGGCUACUCUCAGGAACAAUAUAAUAUGAUGAUGCAACAAAUGUAUUCACAAUAUAUGAAUCAGUACAUGCAAUAUACUAUGGGAGUAACUCCACCUCCUUCCCCUGCCACACCAGUAGUUCCAGAGGAAGCUGUCAAUAGAAAUAAUGGUGGUAAUGAUAGACCAGCUAACCAGAAUAUACGUAUGAAUGCGCAGGGCGGUGUAGUUGAAGAUGAUGAUGAAAAUGAACAGAGAGAUUGGUUGGAUUGUAUAUAUAUGUUGUUCCGUGUCAUGGUGUUAUUUAGCAUAGUCUACUUUUAUUCUACUGUGACCAGAUCUAUAGCUGUCUUCCUAGCUUUCUUGUUGAUAUAUGAAAAUCGAACUGCUACAGAUGAAAAUACAGAAACAAACACAACAGAAACACCUGUACAACCACCAGCACCUACUGCACCUAGUGUUAUAGCUACAGCUUGGUGUUUCUUUUCUACAUUCUUCUCUUCUUUAAUACCAGAACAACCUGCUGCUGUCAAUCAGAAUUAA